GCCCGAGUUUCUUCCCUUCCUGAUACACUGUGGUCGGUGCAGAUCUCAGAAUGUGUAAACCUGGUGACACCAGAUCCGUCACUUGACACCUCACCUCUCUCCCCUGCUCCGGACCCUCAGAUCCUGGCCUACCUGAGCUCGGCAGACCUGUGGGGGCCCCUGGUGAGGAGAUGCUGGCAGAGCGGGGGGCUUGCCUGCUGCUGGCAGUGGCACUGCUGGGCCCAGGGCCCCGGGCCCAAGCCAUGGAAGGUGUCAAAUGUGGGGGUGUGCUCUCAGCACCUUCUGGAAACUUCUCCAGUCCCAACUUCCCUAGACUGUACCCCUACAACACAGAGUGCAGCUGGCUGAUCGUGGUGGCUGAGGGCUCCUCGGUGCUGCUCACCUUCCAUGCCUUUGACCUGGAGUACCAUGACACCUGCAGCUUCGACUUCCUGGAGAUCUACAAUGGGGCCUCACCAGACAAGGGCAACCUGCUGGGGAGGUUCUGCGGCAAGGUGCCCCCGCCGCCCUUCACCUCCUCCUGGCAUGUCAUGUCUGUCGUCUUCCACUCGGACAAGCACGUGGCCAGCCAUGGCUUUUCUGCAGGCUACCAGAAAGAUGUGUGUGGCGGCGUCCUGACUGGCCUGUCGGGGGUCCUCACCAGCCCUGAGUACCCCAACAACUACCCCAACAGCAUGGAGUGCCACUGGGUGAUCCGGGCCGCUGGCCCUGCCAGCGUCAAGCUGGUGUUCGUGGACUUCCAAGUGGAAGGCAAUGACGAGUGCACCUAUGACUACGUGGCUGUGCUUGGGGGGCCUGGCCCCACCCGUGGGCACCACUACUGUGGCAGCACCAGGCCCCCCACCCUCGUGUCUCUGGGCCACGAACUGCAGGUGAUCUUCAAGUCCGACUUCAACAUUGGAGGCCGUGGCUUCAAGGCCUACUACUUCUCAGGACAAUGCCAGGAGGUAUACAUGACCAUGCGGGGCAACUUCUCCAGCCCACGGUACCCCAGUUCCUACCCCAACAACAUCCGCUGCCACUGGACCAUCCGCCUGCCCCCGGGCUACCGGGUCAAGGUAUUCUUCCUGGACCUGGACCUGGAGGAGCCCAACAGCCUGACCAAGACCUGUGACUUUGAUCAUCUGGCAGCCUUCGAUGGGGCCAGUGAGGAGGCACCCCUGCUGGGGAAUUGGUGUGGACACCGCCUGCCACCACCUGUCACUUCAAGCCACAACCAGCUUCUGCUUCUGCUGCACACGGACCGCAGCACCACCCGCAGGGGCUUCUCCGUGGCCUACAUCGGAGUGGUGCCCAUGAACGUGAGCUGCUCCCGCACGGACUUCCAGAUCCUGAUCUCCACGCAGGCGCUGGCCCCGCUGGAGCGGACCAAGGUCUACCUGGGCAGCCGGAGCUGUGCUGCCCAGGAGGUCGGCGGCAACUUCAGGAUCCAGGCCCGCUUUGAUACCUGCGGCACUGAGUCUCAGAGAAGAAACAACACUUCAGUGAUUGUCAGCGUGCUGUACAUCGACUUCUCAGCCGCAGGGCGGGAGGACAUCCAUGAGUACGAGGUCCGCUGUGAGCCGCGGCGCAAGGAGGCUUCCGUCCACCUGCUGUCUGGCUCUCACUGGCUGGGUCCCUAUGCUGCCACUGCGGAGCACCUUCAGGAAGCACCACCCGGGGAUGAGGCGGAGGCACUGGAGGGUCCGGUGACCAUGGUGGCCCAGGAUACCAGUGACAUCGUCUUCCUGGGGCUUUGCAUCCUGGCUGGAAUCCUCAUGGUUAUUGCCAUCGUGGUCUUGAUGCUGCUUUGAAUAGACAGCAUAGGGACCUGGCAUCUGACAUGCCUGGGAAGCAGCUUAGGGACCUGCAACAGGGGUGGGAUGGGGACUUGCUGACUUGGUGACCAUGGGCAGGUCAUGUCCCUCUCUGAGCCUCCAUUUCCUAGGGACAGCCAUUCUGCCCUGCUAUCUCACAGGGCUAGCAUGAGGCUCAGAGGCAGGCAGAGAUGGAUAAGAGCUUUGUAAUCUGUAGCAUGCUGUGUAUGUAUAUGCAAUUGCUGUUAAUAAUUUUAAAGAUAUUCUGCUGUAGAAAAGAACUCUCCCACGUGUGUUACUUGUCAGUUUGGAUAGUUGUGGUCACUGGUGGCAGAGUGUAGAUAAAACUGACUCGUUCUAUAACUUAUAUGGGUGCUUUACCAACUCAGGAUACAAAUAAAAGCACUACUAAUUUUCCUUCCUCCCUCCUUCCCUCCUUCCUUC